UGAAAACUUUUGCCUGCGGACACUGAAAAAGGCUGAAACAGAGACACAGUGAUUGUCAGCCUCUCUCUCUCUCUCUCUCUCUCACGCCCAACUUUAAACAAAAGCCAAAACAAAGCAAAGCAAAGCAGAUAUGGCUUCAUUUCGCUUAGACACAUUGCAAUACAUCCAGACCCAGUUCAUCAAUUCAGUCGUAUGCCUCUUGUGCAGCUUUGCUUUUCUUGUUUUUGCCUUAAAUAUUGAGACUUGAUAGUCAAAUUGAAUUGGGUUUUCUCUAUGCAACUCUGUUGAAGAAACAGUUUGAUGUGCUUGUGAUGACAAUGGAGGAGGAGGGUGGUGGUAAGGUGAAGCUUGGUCUUGGGAUUGGGGUUGAUUGUUAUGGUGAUGAUCAUAAUGGGACUGAAGAAGUUGUUGUUGGGAAGAAGAAGAAGAAGUAUGGUGGUGGUGGGUUGACAGCUUCUCAGUUGCAUGAGCUGGAGCAACAAGCGCUUAUCUACAAGCACUUCGCUGCUAACCUUCCUGUUCCUUUUCACCUUGUGCUUCCCAUUUGGAAGAGUGUGGCUGCCUCUUUUGGCUCCUCAAAUGCUGCUGCUAUCAACAGACAAUACCCCAGUUUUGUAGGGUUCAGUGCAACGGGCUUUGACUAUAGGGAUCAUGAACCAGGGAGGUGCAGAAGAACUGAUGGAAAGAAAUGGAGGUGCAAUAAGAAUGUAGUUCCUGAUCAGAAAUACUGUCAGCAACACAUGCACAGAGGCCGCCAGCGUUCAAGAAAGCCUGUGGAAAAUUCUGAGGUUGCUUCUCCUUCCAGCACUAAAACACCCAAGAAUUCAGAAGUUGAGUUAGGGAACUCAAAGACAAACCUUCAGAUUUCAACCCCGAAAGGCCUUCAACUUAUGGCACAAUCCUACAAUUAUGUUAGUGUUAGCCAAGGUACAACCAUGGCCUCAAGUGGCUAUCAUGAAUGUAAGAAAAACAUAAGACCUGUUACAACUACAUCCAUUGCCAAUAUACCUGCCAACAGAUCUGCUACUACCAACCCUGCUGCUGUAGCCACUACCACCAUUGCUGGACCAACCACCACCACCAACAGCAGUACCAAUGAAAAUAGCCUCAAUAUUGGUGUAAAAUACAAUAGUAGCAACCAUGCUGGUGGCAAUUGCAUGAUCAGAGGAAGCAGCAUGAAUGUUGUUAAUAUAUCACCAGGAUUGGGCUUCUCCCCGAAGAGCGUUCUCCAAGGUAGAUGCAUGAGUUGCAAUGGCUUAUACUUCGACAACGGAAGUGGAGUUGAACUUGAACCAGGGAGGUGUAGGAGAACGGAUGGAAAGAAGUGGCGGUGCAGAAGGGAUGUUCUUCCUGAUCAGAAGUAUUGUGGCCAGCAUAUCCACAGAGGGACAAAGAGGCAAAUGAAAGAUGUCCAACCUGUUGCUGUUCCUUCUUCUUCAGCUGCUGCCAUGAAUACCACUCGGCUCUCUCAGACAACAGCCAUAUGCAGAAAAACUAAUUGUGCAAUCCCUAAUACAAAUCUCAGCAUCUCCAUCCCAGCAAAUCCCCCACCGGGACGAAAUGAUGAAAGAAGCAAUUCUAGCAGUGAUAGUGACACGACUCUUACAGAUACCAGCCUUACUGCUUGUGACAGUAGUUAUGUUUCUUCUUAGAAGACUACCCUUUCCAGCAUUUUGAGGUAUCCGAAAUUGUGAAUUUUUUGGUUUUUCCUGCAACCGGCAUCCUCAUGGAUAUAUAACAGAAAAAGGAAAAGAAAGGCCGCUUGUUUUGUGAGGAAAUACCAACAUCCUCCGUUCUUGCUUUACGUAGGGGAUAAGAAAUGCCUUUUGUUUAGGGAAAUGUUCAGAUUUCACGUUAUGGGAUGUCUUUUCAUCUCAGCAGAAAGAAGAAAGAAAUUGUAUUUCUGGUUAGUUUUCGGAGACCUCAACUGGGGUUUGAUUUGCUCUUGAAGGCACGUAGGUCAACCAUCCCUUUUUAAAUCUUGUACAAGGCAAACAUGAAUGCCAAAUUAAUGUUGUAUCUUGAUACUUCUUAA